AUGGUAGCAGCUAAUAUGAGUGGCACAGAGAAAAAGAAAUUGCUCAUUAUUGGAAAGUCACAAAAACGAAGAUGUUUUAGAAGUGUCAAAUCAUUACCUGUCGAUUAUGCUAACAAUCGUAAAGCUUGGAUGACGUCAGAACUUCUUGAAAAAUGGCUUCGUGAUUGGGAUCGUGAUUUGGUGAAGAAGAAGAAAAAGAUUCUAUUGCUGGUUGAUAAUUGCCCGGCGCAUCCAAAUGUUACUGAUUUAAAGUCUAUAACACUUGCUUUCCUUCCGCCGAAUAAAACAUCAGUACUACAGCCAAUGGAUCAGGGAAUAAUACGAUCACUCAAACCGAAUUUUAGGAAGAACCUUGUGCUCAAAAUGAUUAACUGUCUUGAUGCUAAUGAAAACAACUCUUCUACAAAAAUAACGGUACUAGAUGCAAUUCUGAUGGUUAAUGAUGCCUGGAAUAAAAUGUCACAAAGUACCAUUCGUAACUGUUUCAAACAUGCAGGAUUCAUUGAAAGCCACGACGGUUUACCUAUUCAAAUAUCAGAACUUGAAUUCGAUGAAGAAAAUGACAUUCCUUUAUCUUUGUGGUCACGAAAACUAAAUUCAGAUUCUUUAGCAGCACCGGAAAUGUGGGAAGAUUAUGUUGACGUCGGUAGCGCUCUCCUCACAUCCGAAGAACCCACCGAUGAAAAUAUCGUACAGAACAUUAGUGCUAAGAAACAACUCGAAAGUGAUGGGGAAGAGGAAGUCGAGGAAGAACCAUUACCUACCGCAGAAGAAGCAUUAAAAGCUGCAGAAUUAUUAUCAAGAUUUGUUCACAGCAAUAUUGAAAAUGAUAAUUUGACCAUAGCUAUGUCUUCUAUACACAAUAGUAUUAGAGACUGUUUUUACAAUAAAAUGAAAAAACAAAAGCAGACAAAAAUUACAGAUUACUUACAGUAAAAAAUACACUUGUAUGCGUUAUAAUGUGCUGAUUAUGUGCAAUUUUGAUUUGAAUUUAAUAUGUAUGUAUACAUAUUUAAUUACUAUGUUUCUGUUUUAAAAUACUUAAGUACCUACAUAUUUACAUAAAAAUAGUUUUUCAUAUCAUAAAACGCUUUUUAUGACGUCCGCUUAUUAUGACGUGUUUGUCAAUUCCUUUCGAUGUCAUAAUAAACGGAUUGUACUGUAUUUUCUUUCCUAUUGUAAUUGCAUAUUUCUGUUAUCCUAUCAUUUCAAAAUGUUGCCUAUUAGGUAAUGGCGUUAUUAGUAUUAGAUCUGCUUUAACGAGUGUAAUUGGUAUUUUUAUAACUAAAAGUAAUGCGUCAUCUUUAUAUGAAAGGAGCCAUGUCUCUACGUGUUUUAAUUUAAAAAGCUAUACUUCCAUACAAACUGAACACAUAGUUACUAUUAUAACAGAAAUGCACCUGUGAAGGGUAUUUAGCUUCGGUGCAACCGAAGUUAACGUUUUUUCUUGUUUUGUGGAUUGUGUGUAUUUGUAUACACGAAGGUAAGUUUUAAAGGCAAAGAAUAAUAAUUUAUUUGGUUAUAUACAAUAUAUAUAUUGGUUGUCAAAAAAGUCUUGCGGUAUUUUCGGUAGUUGGCGCUGAAAGCGCGUAGUUCUAGUUUUAUUCGUCGCAUCGGGUCAUGCUAUACCUUUUUGGAAAGCUCAUUUCACGCGCUAACACGUGUUUGAUUGAUUGUCGUUUCUGAGUUCGUGAAUUAUAGCGUUAGUGAGUUAUAGCGUCGCAAACAUGGAGCAAAAUAAAUAGAAAAUACGGCAUAUUUUACAGUACUACUACGAUAAAGGCAAAAAUGCAUCUCAACCCGCCAAUAAAAUUUGUGCAGUUUAUGGACCCGAUAAAGUUUCCAUUUCCACCGCACAACGAUGGUUUCAACGUUUCCGUUCUGGUGUAGAGGUGGUCGAAGAUGCGCCAUGCUCCGGAAGGCCUGUCGUCGAAAAUUGCGAUAAAAUCGCUGAAUUGGUCGAAAGAGACCGGCAUAGUAGUCAUCAAAUCAUUAUAAACCAUUUGAAGAAGCUUGGAGUCACCAAGAAGCUUGAUGUAUGUACGAAUUGAUUCAAUAAAAAUACCGCAAGACUUUUUUGACAACCCAAUAUAUACAUAUGUACGUAUAUGAUGUUAUUUCCCGUAUUGUUUUGCGAUUAUAUCGGUAAUUAAAUUUACCGCUGAGCCCUAGACUUAAAGGUCUCCAUUGAAUAUCUAAUUUUUAAUGCUGCAAAAUUUUCUUUUUAUUGCUAGUAAUGAUUAUAAAAGUAUAGUUACAUUGUUGUUUCUAUUUUAUUUUGUUCAUGUUUUGGACUUGACAUUGGACCAAUUAUGGUAUUUGUUUUUUUUUGUGUUUUCCUCAU